UCUUUUCUAAACAUCUGGCAUUUCUAAUUUAUUUUACUUCUUUUUAUUAUCAAACUGUUCUCUGCAUUUAUACAGAAUACUAUACUAUAUAAAUUUUAAUAAAAAUGAGGCUAUUAAUACAACUAAGAAAAAUGUCUUCAAGUGUCAAUUUAUCAGCAUUACGUAUGAAAUAUCGGGAAAAGAAAGAUGCAUUUUUGGAGGAGAAUAUAAAGGUUAAAGAACCUAUUACACAAUUUCGUGUAUGGUUGGAAGAAGCAGUAAAUACAGAGGAAAUUUUGGAACCAAAUGCGGCUUGCUUGGCAACGGUGAAUAGUGAUGGCUGCCCCUCAAAUCGUUAUGUUCUCCUCAAAGAUGUCACCAAUGAGGGUUUCACUUUCUUCACCAACUAUGGCAGUCGUAAAGCUAACGAUAUUGCUCACAAUUCCAAUGUUGCAAUGACUCUUUACUGGUGCCCUCUACGUAGAUCUGUACGUAUUGAAGGUAAAGCGGAGAAAAUCUCUCAUGAAGAUUCUUUGAAAUAUUUCCAUCAACGUCCCAGAGCUAGUCAAAUAGGUGCCUUAGCUUCGGAACAAAGUACUAGAAUUCCCUCUAGACAGCAUUUAGAUGAGAUAGAAAAGAAAAUUAAACAAGAAUUGGGCGAAGAUAAAGAGGUGCCCAUGCCUAAUUGGGGUGGUUAUUUGAUAAGACCAAAACGUGUUGAAUUUUGGCAGGGACAAACUGAUCGUUUACAUGAUCGCAUAGUAUUUCGAAGAGGCGAUAAUGUGGAAAAGGAUGUUGAUAAUACUUUAACACAUGCUGGCGAAAAUGGUUGGGUGUAUGAACGUUUGGCGCCUUAAAAAUAUAAAGAACACUGGAUUUCUUUUUAUAGUUUCCUAGAAGUGGGUUUGACAAUAAAUGUUAACUUUCGGCUCAAGUUUAUAUUUAAAUAAAGGGUUAUGAACUAUUUACUGAAACCUAUAUUUUAUAUAAAGAAAGAAUAGCUUCAAUUAAAUUUUGUUAUUGUUGUAAUUACCCUUUUACAUACCUUAUUUGCAUUUUUAAAUUGUUAUGAAAUUUAGUUGUAAAUAAAUUUAUCGUAUUU